CGGGGUCAGAAGUUGUCUCCAGCUCCUGGAUGAGUGUCUGUCAAGAGAGAGACUGUCAGCAGAAUGGCGCAGAAUAAUUCAUCUUGUGAAAAUUGGCUGGCAGCAGAGAACACCUUGAAAAAGUACUACCUCUCCACAUUUUAUGGGAUCGAGUUCGUUUUCGGAAUGCUUGGGAAUGUCACAGUGGUGUUUGGCUACCUCUUCUGCCUGAAGAACUGGAACAGUAGCAACGUCUAUCUCUUUAAUCUUUCCAUCUCUGACUUGGCUUUCCUGUGCACCCUUCCUAUGCUGAUAAAGAGUUAUGCCACUGAGAAGUGGAGCUAUGGAGAUAUUCUCUGCAUAAGCAACCGCUAUGUCCUCCACGCCAACCUCUACACCAGCAUCCUUUUCCUGACUUUCAUCAGCAUAGAUCGGUAUCUGCUUAUGAAGUUCCCUUUCCGAGAACACAUUCUGCAAAAGAAGGAGUUUGCCAUUUUAAUCUCUUUCGCUAUCUGGGUCUUAGUGACUUUAGAAAUUUUGCCUAUACUCACUUUCAUUAAUUCUGUCCUAACACAAAAGGGCAACAGCUGCAUCGACUAUGCAAGUUCCGGAAACCCCAAAUACAAUCUCAUUUACAGUCUGUUCCUGACUUUCCUGGGUUUCCUCGUUCCUCUUUCUGUGAUGUGCUUCUUUUACUACAAGAUGGUAGUCUUCCUAAAGAGGAGGCGCAGGCAGCAGGCGACGGCCCUGCCGCUGGACAAGCCUCUGCGCCUCGUGGUCCUGGCGGUAGCAGUCUUCUCUGUGCUUUUCACACCCUAUCACUUCAUGCGCAAUCUGAGGAUCGCCUCACGCCUGGAGAGUUGGCCACAGGGAUGUGCGCAGAAGGCUAUCCAAACCUUGUACAUCCUGACCAGGCCCCUGGCCUUUCUGAACAGUGCCAUCAACCCUAUAUUCUACUUCCUCAUGGGAGACCACUUCAGAGAGAUGCUGUUUAAUAAGCUGCGGCAAUACUUCAAAUCCCUUACGUCCUUUCGGAUGCGAGCAAGUGGAUGAAGAAGUUUUGACUCUGACACAAUCUGAUUGGCCUGCUCUUUGAUCACCUCCCCCUGAGGGGGGAGCAGCCUUACCAGGCCACAGAAGAAGACAAUGCAGCCAUUCCUGAUGUGAUCUGAUAGACUAAGAUCAGAAGGAAGGAGAGGAGGACCUCCCCUAUCGUGGACUUGGGG